AUGUCCCUGUGCCAGCGGGGGAUGAAGCGGAGCGCGGGCGAGGCCGAGGGCUGUUCCUUCCCGCCCGAGGGCUGUUCCUUCCCGCCCGGGCCCGGGCUCAAGGUGUUCCUGCACUGGAGCGGGGAGGAGGAGCGGGAACGCUGCCGGGUCUACGCCCAGGGGUCCCUCAGCGCCGAGGAGAUCUGCAUCGACCUCGCCCGCAGGAUCGGAAUCACCCCGCUGUGUUACAGCCUCUUCGCCCUCUACGACCCCCAGGGCCGGGUGUGGCUCCCCCCAAACCACCAAUUCCAGGUGGGAAAAGACACCAACGUCCACCUGAUGUUCAGGAUGAGGAAUGUCGGGUUUUCCCACCUCUUUGCUCCCAAGGUUGUGUGUUUCCAGGUUGUCCAUGUCCAGAUUUCCUCGGAAAAGCCGGCAGGGCUGGUCCAAGGAAAAUUCGAGUUCAUCCACGACGUCGCCUCCCUGAGGGAUUUCCGGAGCGAGCCCGAAAUCCAGAGGUUCAAGAACGAGAGCCUGGGAAUGGCUGUGCUGCACCUCUCCCACAUGGCCCUGAAAAAGGGCAUUUCCCUGGAGGAAGUGGCCCGGAAGUACAGCUUCCGGGACUGCCUCCCGCGCUCCUUCCAGCGGCAGAUCCAGCAGAACAGCCUCCUGACGCGCCUCCGGAUGCGCAGCGUCUUCCGGCGCUUCCUGCGGCGCUUCCAGCGGCACACGGUGGGCGCGGGGCGGCUCUCGGAGCGGGACCUCAUGGCCAAGUACCUGGCCACGCUGGAGCUGCUGGGCGCGGAGCCCUUCUCCCAGCGCGGCUAUUUCGGGAGGAGGGGCCGGACCAAGGAUUCGGAUGCCAAGGCCCCGGCGCGGCCGCCGGAGCCCAACGAGCCCCCCUGGUGCCACUUCUGCGACUUCCGGGAGAUCACCCACGUGGUGGUGAAGGAGUCCCGGAUCAGCAUCCACCGGCAGGACAACAAGUGCCUGGAGGUGGCUCUGCCGUCGCCGGGGCUCGCCCUGUCCCUGGUGUCGCUGGUGGACGGAUAUUUCCGGCUCACGGCCGAUUCCAGCCAUUACCUGUGCCACGACGUGGCCCCGCCCCGGCUGCUCCUGAGCGUCCGCAACGGCAUCCACGGGCCAUGCAACAUCCUGGUGGAGGAGUUUGUGGAACACGGGCCCCUGGACGUGCUGCUGCGCAAGGAGAAGGGCCGGAUCUCCGUGGGCUGGAAAAUCACCGUGGCCAAACAGCUGGGAAGUGCCUUGAGCUACCUGGAGGAUAAAAACCUGGUGCACGGGAACGUGUGUGCCAAGAACAUCCUGCUGGCCAGGAAGGGGCUGGAAGACGGAUCCGCUCCCUUUGUGAAGCUCAGCGAUCCCGGGAUCAGCUUCACGGUGCUCUCCCGGGAAGGUGCGGGAUCAUCCCGGCCUGGGGCUGGCCAGGGGUGGAAUUCCCAGUGGAAAAUCCGGGCGCUGGUGGUGAAGAUCGGGGACUUCGGGCUGGCCAAGGCCGUCCCCGAGGGCCACGAGUACUACCGGGUGCGGGAGGACGGGGACAGCCCCGUGUUCUGGUACGCCCCGGAGUGCCUCAGGGAGUCCAAGUUCUACUACGGGUCCGACGUGUGGUCCUUCGGGGUGACCCUCUACGAGCUCCUGACCCGCUGCGAGCCCGGGAACAGCCCCCCUGCCAAAUUCCUGGAGCUGAUCGGAGCCACCCAAGGGCAGAUGACGGUGCUGAGGUUGGUGGAGCUCCUGGAGAGGGGGAAGAGGCUCCCGAUCCCGAAGGAUUGUCCGUGUGAGAUUUACCGGCUGAUGAAGAACUGCUGGGAAGCAGAAGCUUCUUUCCGCCCCUCCUUCCACAACCUCAUCCCAAUCCUCAGGAACUUCCAGGAAAAAUACCGGGCUCAGGCCCCCUCCGUCUUCAACCUCUGCUGAGACCCCCCAAAAUUCCACGGACCGGGGGGAAAACACCCCCAAAACUCCAUGGAUUGGAGGGAGACCCCCCCCCAAAAAAAUGGAGUGGAAAGACACCCCUAAAAAUUCCAUGGAAGGGGAAGGACACAAAAAAAAAUUCAUGGAUGAGGGGAAAGACACUCAACAGAUUGCAUGGACUGGGGAAGAACACCCCAAAAAAUGCCCUGGAUGGGGGAAAACACCCCCAAAAAAUUCCAUGGAGAGGUGGAGACACCCUAAAAAUGCCCUGGAUGGGGGAAAACACCCCCAAAAAUUCCAUGGACUGGGGGAAGGACACCCCUAAAAAUUCCAUGGAUUGAGGAAAGAACCCAAAAAAUUCCAAGGAGGGGGGGAAACACCCCUGGGUGGGGCACACGGACUCUGGAUUCCCGUUUUCCCGGCAGGAUGAGGAAAUUCCGGGAUGUGGAGACGGAGCAGCACCGAGGAGGGGGGAUCCUCCCCCUCGAAAAAUUCCAGAUAUUUCCCCCCCAAAAUGCCAAACACUGUGAAUGAGACUGUGGGGACGAGGAUUUCUGGGAGCAGGACGUGGAUUUCUGGGCGUGAUU